AUAUUGCUUUUUCUUUGAUCAACAACAUAUUGUAGCACAAACCAAUUUAGGGUAAAGUUGGUUUAUAACCUAUUUUUAGCAAGUUUCAAUCAACUUAUUAGAAUUAAGUGGUUGAUUAGAUUCGGUUAAGGACAAAUCGGUCGGGAGAACUUGAAUUAGGGACAACUUAUAUUAGAAUCCUGACUAUAACAAUCAUUGAUCAGACUUUACUAACCUCUCGUCCGAACUUCAAAUUACUAAACCUCUUCUCCAUAAGUAAGCGUCGCGGCCAAGAUCGCUCCUUGAGGAGGUGUAAUAGCAUUAGCUCAACCUGCAUACAUGAUUUUUUACACAAAAAGUACACUGCAUUAAAAUAUCUUUCUUACCAAUCUUAGUUACUUCCUUUAAUUAUGUUUUUUUCUUUCUAAAAGGAACUGACAAAUCCUACUAAACAAAGAGUGAAAAAGUGAUUCAUACAAUUUGAUUCCCUUUCUUAGAUAUUAAAUAAAUAGUGUCCCCUUUUGCAUUUUUUAACAUAUUUAAUUAAUCAAAUUUAGUUGGCUAUGAAUUGGCUUUGCAGCCAUAAAGGGUCAAUGAAAAUUGUCUUAGUCAAAUUAAAGUGAAAAUAGGACUCUUCUUUUAUUUAUUUAUUUUUUUGUUAGUUUUAAAAUCAUUAUGAAAUAUGAAAAAAAAUAUAUUUUAUCAAAACUUUGUCAUAUCAUGAAUUAAUGAUAGUGAUUUAGCUAUAAUAUGGAACACUUUAAGAAAGUUUAGUUUGAAACUUGAAUUAAAGAAAAAGUAGAAAGGUUUAUCAUAACCAAAAAAAUCAUAACAAAAGUUACCAACAUUUAUAUAAACUGUUUCAUCAAAGUUUUAUAUUCAAAAUUUAUCUCAACCAUGAAGUUUCAAACCAAUGAGAUUCUCAAUGGGAAGUACACAACAAGAAAAACAACCAAAAGUGUUUUUCUUGUACCAUUCACUCUUCUUCUCAUCAUGUUUCCUCUUAUUCUCAUGAGAAACACAGAUGAACCAUCUCCAAACAUGUCUUCUGUCCAACACAUGAAUAACAAAACACAUACAAAAGGAUGUGACAUCUUUUCAGGUAGUUGGAUUCCUCAUUCUGAAGGACCUUAUUACAACAAUGAAACAUGCAAAUGGAUGAUAGAUGAACAAAACUGCAUGAAGUUUGGUAGGCCGGACGAUGAGUAUCUUCAUUGGAGAUGGAAACCAAACGAAUGCGAGCUUCCGUUGUUUAAUGCAACUCAAUUCUUAGAGAUUGUUAGAGGAAAGAAAAUGGUUUUUGUUGGAGAUUCUGUUGGGAGAAAUCAGUUGCAAUCUUUGUUGUGCCUCCUAAGUCAAGUGUCUCAACCCGAGGACGUUUCUCAUAAAUACACAACAAAUGUUAUAUAUUUCAAACGGUAUUUCUUCGCCGAUUACAAUUUCACCCUUGGAAAUCUAUGGUCACCAUAUUUUGUGAGAUCAAAGGAUGCAGACAAAAAUGGUCAUUCAUACAACAGCAUCAUGGAAUUAUAUGUAGAUGAGGUAGAUGAAGCAUGGUCUAGUCAAGUUGAAAACUUUGACAUAGUGAUCAUUUCAGCAGGACAUUGGUUUUUUAGACCAUUAUUGUUCUAUGAAAAGGGUAAACUUGUUGGAUGCAACAAAUGUGGAAUGGAGAAUGUGACAGAUCUUGCUCACUAUUAUGGUUACAAAAUGGCAUUUAGGACUGCAUUUAAGACCUUAACAAAUCUUGAAAAUUUUAAAGGUGUGACAUUUUUUAGGACAUUUUCUCCAUCACAUUUUGAGAAUGGAGAUUGGAACAAAGGAGGGAAUUGUGUGAGGAAAAAACCAUUUAGCAAGGAAGAAAUGAACCUAAAUGGUUACAUUCUAGAGACAUAUUUAACACAAGUGAAUGAAUUUAAAGUAGCACAAGAGGAAGCAUCAAAGAAAGGUUUGAAAUUUUUGAUGCUAAAUACAACUGAAAUUAUGUUGUUGAGACCUGAUGGACACCCUAAUAACUAUGGACAUGCAAUGGUAAAAAAUGUGACAUUUUACAAUGAUUGUGUUCAUUGGUGUUUACCUGGACCUGUUGAUACAUGGAAUGAGUUAUUGCUAUAUAUGUUGAAAGUACAAAGUCACACAUCUUAUGGUUCAAAGCUGGAGAGUGUUUUAUGAAAAUAAGAUUUACAUAUGUUAACUAUAUUAAAGAGAUUGUUUAUUAUUUACUUUUUGAGGGUUUGCUUACUCUAUUGUAAUUUUUUUUGUAUUUACACAAAGGGUAGGGGAAAUGAUGAGAGAGAUUGAUGAAUGUAUUUAUUUACUACAUAGAUAAUAACAUGGAGAAUGUAUAUGCAAAGUGAUUUGUAAUUUUUGUAUCAUAUUUGGUGGAAUGUCUUGAUUAUCAUAUUGGU